CAUUCGCUUUUAAGGGCACAGAAAGUCGGGAGUUGCCGCAGCGGUCGGAAGGAGAACACUGUGUUUCUGCUACCGCGCUCUUUUGCCGAGUGCACACUUUCCACACGGCCCACGGCCCUUCUCACCCUCGACCGGACCCAGGAUGCGUCGGCACUGAGUCGGCCCGACUGAUUUCAAGGUUGCGCUGAUUGAUUGGAUUCUACACCGCGAGAAAUUGAAAAAAAUGUCUCCAUCGAAGGUUCAGAAUAGGCCGCGCGUGAAAGAGUUGCGCUCGCAUCUCAUUUGCGGCAUCUGCAUGGGAUACUUCGUCGACGCCACCACCAUCAAUGAGUGUCUGCACACGUUUUGCAGAUCAUGCAUCGUCAAGUAUCUGGAUACAAGCAACUACUGCCCAAUGUGCGACGUGCAGAUCCACAAAUCCAAACCCCUGCAAAAUCUCAGGCCAGACAAAAUUCUACAAGACAUUGUGUACAAAGUCGUUCCCGGCUUUUACGCAUCGGAGGUAAAGAGCAGACGCGAAUUCUACGAGAAUGCCAAAGAAAAAGGUCUGUUAACACCAGAAGCUGACAGCUUGAUGACCCCCGAGCUGAGAGGCGAGCUGCACGCUGAUUCGCAACACUUCUCUCCUGACGAGAGCAUCUCGCUGUCACUCGAGUACUACACACACAAUGACGAGAGCAACAACGACGAGUCGCGAGAGAACGAAGACAAGGAGGAAGACGCCGAGUUGGAGGAAAAGCCAAAUCCGACGAGGCGCUACUACAAAUGCCCCGCCGCCGUGUGCAUCAGGAUUUUGAAAAAGCUUCUGCGCAGCAAGUACAGCUUACGAGAAACUGAUAAGGUUGACAUUAUUUACAACGGAGAGUGUUUGCCUGAACACUUCACCCUCAUGGAUGUUGGCUACAUUUUUACCUACAAAAAGAAGAGGCUGCUGAAGUUCUAUUUCCGGUUUUACUCAAAGCCCCCGUCAGAAACGGCGGCCGCCGUCAAGUCGGUGAAGAGGCCGAUCGCGGACAAUGCAGACAACGAGGUGAAACGCCCGCGCGUCAGCUCAGAAGAGGCGAGCGGCACGCAGGCUGCCGACGAGCGCAGCGCCGAGCAGCAAAUUUCGCAGCCAGUCGCUACGUCGACGCGCAGCAGCUCGCCAGGGCCGCUGGAAGAGCCGGAGAAACGGCCCGUCAAGGAAAAGUCGCCGGUGGCGCGGCUGCCGUCGCCAAAACGCAGCGUCGAGGAGGAGAAGAAGGAGCAGGACGCUCCGCCGGCUAAGAAGCCCAAGCUGGCUGAGGCCCCGGUGGUGGUCGAGACGGCGAAACCGGCGUCCGAACCGCCCAAGCCCAUUCAGCCAGGCCUCAAGCCGCCUAGUCAGACGUCGCUGCUGCUCAAGCAGCAAAUCGCUCAGCAGCGUGAGCAGCAGAAGAAAAUGCAGAUGAAGCAACAGCAGCAGCAGCACAUGCUCAAACUGCAGCGCCAGCAGCAGCAGUUGAUGAAGCAGGCCAAAACCAGCACCGCCGGACAGCCCAAAGCCCAGCAUCAGCAGCAGGAUAAGUCGGUGGUGAUGGUGAAGCAGAUGCCGCAGCUGCAGAAAAUGGCGGCCAAGCCGGUGGCCAAGAACGCUGCCAGGCCGGUGAUGCCGCAGCCAACGACGGCCAGCAUCGGCACGCAGUCCCUGCCGAUCGUGAGCAAAACCGUCGAGGCGGCCCCUGCGCCCAAGCCGAGCUCCCAGAGCUCCAAGCCGGCGCAGUCGAGCCAGACGGAGCCACCACCUAUCAACACGGCCGAGCAACGAAGACUCACCACUGACAUGAUCGAGAAGAAUAAGCUGCGACCCGUCGUGGUGAUCGAGCGGCACGGCAACGGGCGGCCCAAGGUCAAGCAGGUGCCCUCGCCCCUCAAGUUGCACCAGCAGAUGUCCAGGGAAUUCAACAAAGCCAUCGCCCCAGAACAGUCGAGCACCCCGAAAGCCUCACAGGCCACCACCACCCUGACGACAGCCCCUACGGACUCCGCCACGAAGGUGAAAAUCGUGAAAACGCCCACCCCGAGCCCUGAGACGACCAAAAAGCCGGUCGCUGAGCCUCCCAAGCAGGCUGCCUCCCCCUCCGAACCUGCAGGAGGGGAAACGCCGAAAGGUAAGAGCGGCGACGACUGCGCCUUGGACCUGUCGGGCAAGUCCUCCCGCAAGAGCGACUCGCCACGCAGCAGCGUCGGCUCCCCUUCGCCCCCGGCGCCCAAAAUCCCCUCCCCCGAGCCUCGCAAGUCCCUUCCCCAGCAGAAGCCCCCUCCACCACCUCCCCCUCCGCAGCAGACGCCCACCCCUCCACCCAAACCGCAGGCACAGCCGCAACACAGCAAACCGCCUGCAGCGGCGAAGCAGCCUGCGACUCACAGUCUGAAGAAGGACCAGAACAUCAUCAAAAUCGCGCAGAACAGCCUGAACGAGAAGUUCUCGUUCUUCCGGCAGUACUCGCCCGCGGCCACGGCCCAGUCGAUGGACGCGGCAGCCCUGAGCAAGAUCACUAGUUACCAUAACCUGUUGCACGACGCCCAGAUGCGCUCCAAGCAGCACCAGCACUUCAAGGCGUUGAGCCAGCAGCACCAGCAACAACAGCAGCAACAGCAGCGGGCGGUGCGUCCUCAGCAGGCCAAGCCGAGCACCUACGGCCCCAGGGCGGGCAGCCAGGCUCAGGGUCGAGACACUAUCCGCAUUCCCAUGAUCGGCAAAGCCAGCGCGGACUCUGCGACGCGACGCAUGCAAGACCUGUUCGCCAGCCCGCAGCCCAAGCCCGGGCCGAACCAGGCCGUGCGGCACAUCCCGAACCCGAGCCUGCUCGGCCGGCAGAACGUGAUGCGCAUGCAGCAGCCGCCGGCCAUGGACCCUGCCGCCGUGCGCAAGGACGAGAUCACCAUCACGCCGGCCCGCAACCCUGCGGCCGCCUCCACCGGCAUGGCCAGCCCGACGCACGUGUCGUCGCUGCGCAAGAUCGAGACGCUGACGCAAAGCCUCCAGCGCAGCAUCUGCGAAAGCAAGAUGGCCGCCGCUGGCAUGAGCGUCGUCGCCUCUGACGCGGCGCAAUAGCAUCCGGCCUUCUCGGUGUUCUACCCCGGCCCUGGCCCUGGCCCCGGCCUCGGCCUCGGCCCUGGCAGGUACCCUCCUCAGCACUUCUACUGCAACUGAAUACCAAAGAAUCGUCCCUCUCUGUAAAUAAAAAAAAACCCUCUGUGCGCGCAGUGAAUCGGAUUAGCGGUUGAACAGUACAAAAAAUUCGCAAGGGGACAGUUUAGUCAAUGUAGAUAUUUAUCUAACUAAAACAAUUAUAGUCAUCCUAGAAUGUAGAUGUUAUGUAAAGUGUCAUGUUAUCAGAAAAUCACUCUCGCUUCAUUAUGCCUGUUAUUAUGUAUGUGUUUGCUUUUGUAAAUUUCCAAAAUGUAAAUUGACUUUAAUAUCUGUAACUGUGUAAUAAUAUUGCGCUAUUCGUUUUUUGUCGUUAAAUGUAUCCAGCGUACAAAUAAAUAAACAGUUGCUGAAAGUGACAGAAAAAUUAA